AUGGUAGGAGAGAAAGAAUGGGAGACGUGCUACCACUCGACACCCGCCGGUUACUUCACCGGCUGCCGACGAGCUGCCAGUUUUCCUUUCUUCGGAGAUCAUUCAGCACUGGUGCCUAGCAGCGCAUUGAAGGUGCGGUCUCAGAGCGAAUCUGAAGGCCUCAACAAAAUACGCUUCAGCCAAAUAAACUUGGACGCUCUUCGCCCACGCCCGCGAGAGAUCGUUGAAGAAUGCGGUGGGUAG